GUUGCGGUCCGCAGACUAAAAACAGCUCUGACCGUUAGAUUUCAUAUUAUCGAACGAUCAGUAAUUGACUAUUCAUAUUUAAUUAAAAAGAUUAUCAGUGAGUGAGUCAGAGUGAUACGUUAGCUAAUAUCAUUUAAAGAAAAGAAGGUUCAACCAUUUUUCAAUGUUUUGAUUUCGGAGCAAUAAUUGAGGGAAUCCGAAAAUGGAGAAAACUGAUGGAAUUGGGAAAGAAAAUGGAAGCACAGAAGAAAAGCAAAGUUUCAAAGAUGGAUCAAUUUGUGGGUAUAAGUCGCUUCACCACCUCUUGAGCGCAAAUCUUAAGCCUCAAAUCUACCAGGAAGUCAGCCGGUUGCUUCUGGGGCUGAAUUGCGGGAAAACACUUGAAACUAUUGUUCUACCUGAAUCAGCUAAAGCCCUCUCUUCAAAACAUGAUUUUGAUCUUCAGGCUUUCAAAUUUUCUGCUGACCAAGAGUUGUUAAGAGAACCCCGGGUAGUAAGGGUCGGUCUUAUUCAGAACUCCAUUGCUCUCCCAACCACUGCUCCCUUUUCAGACCAGAAAAAUGCUAUCUUUGAGAAAUUGGGACCAAUAAUUGAUGCUGCUGGUGCUUCAGGAGUCAACAUACUAUGCUUGCAGGAAGCAUGGAUGAUGCCAUUUGCCUUCUGUACACGAGAAAAGAGGUGGUGUGAAUUUGCAGAACCUGUUAAUGGGGAAUCUACACAGUUUCUUCAGGAAUUUGCACGCAAGUAUAACAUGGUCAUUCUAAGCUCAAUUCUUGAGAGGGAUAUAAAUCAUGGAGAGACUCUCUGGAAUACUGCUGUUAUAAUUGGAAAUCAUGGCAACAUAAUAGGCAAGCACCGUAAGAACCAUAUUCCUAGAGUUGGGGACUUCAAUGAGAGCACGUAUUAUAUGGAAGGAAAUACUGGGCAUCCUGUAUUUGAGACUGCUUAUGGGAAGAUUGCUGUUAAUAUAUGUUAUGGAAGGCACCAUCCUUUGAAUUGGCUAGCUUUUGGUUUGAAUGGUGCUGAGAUCGUUUUCAACCCAUCAGCCACGGUCGGCGAACUUAGUGAACCGAUGUGGCCCAUUGAGGCACGUAACGCUGCAAUAGCAAACAGUUAUUUUGUUGGGUCAAUCAAUCGUGUAGGGACUGAGAUUUUCCCCAACCCAUUCACCUCAGGGGAUGGAAAGCCACAACAUCCAGAUUUUGGCCAUUUCUAUGGAUCUAGUCAUUUUUCGGCACCUGAUGCUUCCUGCACACCAUCACUCUCCCGUUAUAAGGAUGGACUGAUGAUCUCAGAUAUGGAUCUUAACCUCUGUAGGCAACUGAAAGACAAAUGGGGGCUCCGAAUGACUGCAAGAUAUGAGUUAUAUGCAGAUACGCUUGCCAGUUAUCUGAAACCAGACUUUGAACCCCAAGUCAUCUCUGAUCCCUUGUUACAUAAGAAGUCUUCUUAAGUACCUGUCUUCUUAAGUUCCAGGUACUAAUUGCAGCUCAAUGUAUGAAGCUAAUAAAUGGAGAUGAAAAUAGAAACUGUAUUGAUUUAUCAUAUUGAAUCAUCCACAAGAACAAGUUCGUUGUGUUUGUGUUUGCAA